AUGGAAAGCAGAGAGAGAUCACCUUGCAAACAAGCUGGGAAACCCGGCGACGAACCUCGUGAAUUGUUUUGCCUUGAUUGUUACUAUCUCCUUAAUUUACUGUCCUGGUCGACCAGCUGCCCUCGCCUCCCACAGCCAGUGCUGAUCAGCCCCAGUAGAGUUCGCCAUGCAUAUCCUUGUAAGUGCUCUCUUUGGCGCUCGUGGCAUGUGCUGCUGUCCGCCAUUGAGCGGCGGCGACAAAGGCCCCUUGGCGGAUGUCCCUCUUUCGGUUCUCUCCAAGACAAUCGCCAAAACUCUCCCCUCUGA